AUGUUACUAUAUUACAGAGAUAUUGAUCCGGCAACACUGGCAUCACUUGACAGAAUCAUCAAAGUGUGGGAUGAACGAAGUGUCUACGACAAGGCAUCUAUCAAGAGCUUUAGCCAGGCACUACACUCAAAUGACAGUGGCAAUGGCAGUGCCAAGGAAAAUGGCGGAGGCAGUAAUGGUGCAGCAAACGUAUCUACGGCAGCAUUGAACAGAAAUCCUCCAAGUAAAGCCCCGGUGAGAAAAAGAGAGCUUGAGGACGUAAAGGAUGCAAAUGCUGCCCGUAAGAAGACGGCCACAGACCCGGUGGAUGCCUCCUGGUUGGCACCUAUAUCCUCCUCGCAGUACAGCGACACAGAUAGCCUUCCUCAAGUUGACCUUUCCAAGUACGAGCCAGUUGAGCCAGAUAAACUGAUUAAAUCAUUAAAAGAAUUAGAGAACUGUGCAUCAGCUGACGAAACUACCAGAAAAAAGAUUUCCAAUUUUCCCCCCGAAAUGUUCAAUGUGAGCCUGAUGGAGAAGGUACUGACUCCUGAAUCGGCGGUUCACUGGUUUGGGCUGGUCGACAAGGCUCAAAGCGUCAUCGCCUCCUACAACACCCGCUUAAAACAGGAAAUGGAAGAUCGAAAGCAGCUCUCAGUAAUGCUGAGCUACUUUAUUGAGGGACAGAAGCGAGCGCUGGCAGAGGCAGAGAAGUACCAGCAGGAGUUUCGCGAUAAGCUGAAGCAGGUUCUCACGAUUCGCGAAGAGCUCAAAUCACAUCUGCAAAAAUUGCCCGAUCUUAGUCAACUGCCCACUGUGACCCCUUUGCCCUCUGCACUGGAUCUAUUCAACCCUCAACAACAAUAA